CCUUAGUCUCUUUCCCGACGUGCGCGCAACAAGACCUAGAAUCACAGUGGAGCAGAGAAGAGCCCGCUUCCCGCGCUUGCCGCCCACUAAAUUAACCAAAUAAUUAGCUCGAUACAUAAUAUGAUUCACGAGUCAUUAUAGUAAUUAUAAUGUCGAAGCCUUUCCCAGGCGACAUUGCUGCUCCAUAAAAUCCACAAGGAGAUGCAAGUGUGUAGUAUGUUUCUGCUUCUGUUGCGACGCCAAAUUGCAUUUGCGGCCAGCACGCCGCCGCUCGAUCCCUAGAUCGCUUUGACCCUUCUCCAUUGACUCACUUUUCCUAGUGGUGGACAAUCGGUCCGCCCACCUGAUUUUUUUUCGGAACGCCAAACAAGCGUUUUCCAAUGAUGCAAAUCCCAUUUACUCGGAUAUUUGAAGUAAUUUUCGUGCUGUCAACAAUUGUCGCCGUUACAGAUUGUUGUUCGAGCCGGAUCUUACUGCUCCGAGAGCAUACGCUGAAAAUUGUGCAGCAUCAGCACAGCCACAUGCACGAGCAUGCCCACGAGCUGCAGCAGCAGAUCCAGGAGACUGCGGUUGAGUUGCUCAAUCGCCUGGAGCUGCAGCGCAAGCAGCUGGAGAAUUCCGAACAGGAGGAGGCGGCGGCCGAGCAGCUGCAUCCCGAAACGGAUCCCAAACCGGAGACGGCUACCCAACAGCCAGUUGUGGACGACUCUGGGGUCGGUGAUCCUGACGAGGAAACAGAUACAGAUUUUCUGGGAUCCAGCACUGCAGACUGGUUGUCCAGCGGUAGCAGCACACCAAUCGCCGCCUCCGAGACUGUGACCACACCCCAAACCGUCACGCACACUGGGGAACCGCCACCUGACCAGAGCUCCACCAGUCCGCCCGAAACCAGCACACCAAGCGCAGUGGACAAGGAGACCGAGAUUCAGAUGCUGCCCUGCAGCGAAGCCUACAACUCGAGCUUCUGCCUGAACGGCGGCCACUGCUUCCAGCAUCCGAUGGUCAACAAUACAGUCUUCCACUCGUGCCUCUGUGUGAACGACUACGAUGGUGAGAGGUGCGCCUACAAGAGCUGGAAUGGUGACUACGUCUACACGCCCACUCCAGUGCAGCGGAAGGUCCGGAUGGCGCAGAUCGUCUUCUCCUUCCCCGUUCUCAUCAUGCUGUCCUCGCUCUACGUGCUCUUCGCAGCCGUCUUCAUGCUCCGCAAUGUGCCGGACUAUCGCCGGAAGCAGCAACAACUACACCUGCACAAGCAGCGCUUUUUUGUCAGAUGCUGAGAGACACCGACCUCCGAAAAUAGGAGAGGUGGUCCUCCUCUGGAUUUU